CACCCAAGUCUGCCAAGGCUGCAAUGCGCUACCAUGCAACAGCAGGUGUGCCAGUACUAUCUACGGGGAGCAUGCAAAUUCGGCGAUAGGUGUAAGAAUGAGCACCCCAGGGCGCCGCUUAAACCACAAUUUGGAAAUCAAUCGUGGGCAGCCAAUUCAAAUGCGAACAAGGCGUUACUUUUCACGACGGAAUCCUUGACAAACGACGUCACGCCUUUGAACGAGAAACCUCUAUGGCCUUUAUCGUCAUACGGUGCUGCAAAGCACGAGAAAACUCUGAUCAGUGGAUUGGAUGAGUCGCCGGAAGAGCUUCGCGUUAAAGCUGUUGCAGCUGUGAAAGCAGGGACUACCAAUGAAUAUGUUAAAUACGAGGCAGACAAGAUGGCCACUGCAGACCAGAUAUACGCUACUGCAAGGGAUAACAUCCCACAACUUCAUAGUCGAGCCUCCGAGCUGAGCCAGAACAUACCUUCAAGCGUGUUUGGGUCCUCAUCUGCGUUCGGAACAUUAUCUAACCAACCCACAAUGGGUCCGAAGCCGGGCACCUCUGCCUUUGGCCAGAGUGGCUUCGGUAACGUGCCAGCGGGUCCCUCCGCCUUUGGUCAGGCCGCGCAGACCAGUUCAGCUUUUGGCACUACACAGCCUACAUCUGUCUUUGGGCAACCCUCACAGACGCAGUCGGCAUUUUCUCAGCCUACCUCUGCUUUCGGCCAGACCUCUGCAUUUAGACAAGUUCAGCCUACGUCAGCGUUUGGACAGCCCUCUCUGGCCACGUCGGCUUUCGGCCAGGCUCCCAAGUCAGCUUUCGGGCAAUCGCCCCAGACCACCUCAGCGUUUGACCAAGCACAAUCGACACCUGCCUUCGGGCAAUCAUCUCUUAUCAAACCAGGAUCGGGUGCUUUCGGCUCCACUACGGCCAAUUCCAGUCCCUUUGGUGGGGGUGGCUUUUCUGCAUUCUCUGCGCAACCUUCUGGUUUUGCAGCAGCUACCCCUGCCACAGGGUCUGUGUUUGGCCAAGCUACCUUCCCCUCUACAGCGCAAACCACACAACCACAGUCUGCAUUCGCCCCUGCCGCGCCAUCACAACCGGCUUCCGCUUUUGCACCAAGCUCAACAUCAGUUUUCGGAUACACUUCCUCGACGCUUCCUGUUCCCUCCCCUGUGUCUGCGUUCCCUGCUGCGGGUUUGAUGGCUCCUUCACCGACAACUUCGGGCACGGGAAAACCUUCCUCUGGCACCCCAGAUUUCGCGCUGGCCAAAUCCAGGGUUCAUUGUAAACCAGAGUCUGAUCGCUUUCUCCCUCUACUGCCCCCGAACUACUUUGACAUAAUACCGCCAGAGGUGAGGGCAGCAUUUGAAAGCGAUAGGUUUGAAUGGGGCAAGAUACCGGAGUGGAUACCACCGAAAGAAGUUCGCUAGGUGAUAUAGGGCCAUCUUCAAAAUUACCCGAGGGGAUGAGCAGCGUAUGGAUGCCUCCGUUUGGUAAGGUCUUAAAACUGUGUAGCUGGUAUUAUGGCAUGCACUGGUGCAGUCUGGUUGCCGUCUUAUCAAGGUUCCGACGAAAUUAUCUGAGAUU